UCUUAAUUGUCCGUAAAACAGGAAGAGAGGAAGAGCGCAAUAAUAAUUUUCCAAUGACCACACAAGGUCAACUUAGAGGGUAUAUAAAAGGUACAAAACACCAACACAUUAUUUAAACAAGAUAGUGAUGUGAAUUCCUAAUAUGAAGCUUUUCAGUUUUGCUUGCUUACUAAUGACAUUGGGGAUGUGCGAGUUGCAGCGUACAGACCCUCUAUCAAAAAUACCAAAACUAUUAAACCCCAUCAGUUUGUUUACGCAGCAAUUUGGCGAAUUCAAGAGUAACUUUAACAAAGGUUAUGGUAGUCCCGAAGAAGAAAGAAAACGCUUGGAAAUAUUUUCAAACAACCAUCAGAAACUUUUAGAUUUUGAAAAGGCAGGGUCUGCGCCGUUCACGAUGAAAAUAAAUCACUUGGCCGACUUACUGCUGGAGGAAUUUAAUAGGUACUUGAACGGUUUUAGACCUAUCGAUAGGUCUAAAACAAAAGGAAGAGGCUUUGUGGCGGGAAUGAAUCCCACAAUUCCAGAGAGUCUGGAUUGGCGUGAAAAGGGUGCGGUAACACCCGCAAGGUAUCAAGCUCAAUGUGCGUCUUGUUAUGCAUUUGCUAGUGUGGCCGCUAUUGAGAGUCACUAUUUUCUUAAGAGUGGCAGCUUACAAGCCAUCAGCCCACAAAAUAUUGUCGACUGUUCCAAGGUUGAACCAUACGAUAAUUCUGGGUGUCAACAUGGCGCGGUUGAUCCAUCUUUUGAUUACGUUAAGGAUAAUGGCAUUAAUUCAGACGAAGUUUAUCCAUAUACCGAAAAAGAAGGCGAAUGUAAAUUUCGAACAGAUGAAAGUGUAACGAGAGUUAGAGAUUACGUUGUACUCGACGAAGGUGACGAAAAAGGUCUACAGGAAGCGGUUGCGACAAAAGGUCCCGUUGUUGCAGGAAUGGAUGCAAGCGCCGAAUCGUUUCAAUUUUAUGGAAGUGGAAUUUACUACGAACCAAAAUGCGGUAACUCAAUUGACCGACUAAACCAUGCGGUACUAAUCGUUGGAUAUACACCGGACUAUUGGAUCAUCAAAAAUUCAUAUGGUGUACAGUGGGGAGAGAAUGGGUACGCGAAAAUAAGUCGAAAUGUGAGCAACCAAUGUGGAAUUGCAACUUACGCAUUAUAUCCCGUGGUAUAAAGCGAAACACAUGUCACAAUCCAAUUUAACCAAAUAUGUGAUAGUUAAUUAUAAUAAGGUACUUUAAUAUGUAAAUAGGCUAAAUUCAGAAUAAUUUAUGGUUCACGAGAUUUGUUUACAUUUUGCUUUGUUUUUAUAGAAUGACUAAUAAAAUAAACAAAAAUAUUUACGAAA